GUGCUGACCAGUUUUCAACCGCCAUCGAUAUCAUCCUCUAAAGGCACUAUGACGAACACAGUUCCUAGUCUGAAAGGCGCCACGAGCCUUCCCUUGCCCCCACCUCCGCCUGCUACGACGACAACCGCAUCAAGAACGGGAGGAUCUUCUAUAUCAACGGAGCUAUCUGCAGACGCGCCUGCUUUUGUCCCAUGCAUAGCGCAGAAUCAGUUAUCCUCGCAAGCAGAGCCUCCUCGUCCACCAACAAUUUCUGGCGAAUCUGCUGGGUACUUUCCAAGAAACCUCAUGAAGGAAGCGCAACGACUCGACCACCAAAGCGAACUGCGACUCGCUGCGAUUAUGGCAAAACAAGCUUUAGAAGCACAAGCAGGAGGUGCGCGAACAAAUGCUCAUGCGAGUAGUCAGGUGGUAGCUUUAAAGGAGGUUCCCCAACAACAUCAAAAUCGUUGUAGUAGUUUUUCCUACGAGUACGAACAGGAAAAACGACAGACCUCCAUCGAUAUGGUGCAACCUGUUAAUACUGUGUCUUCUUCUGCUUCUUCUUCAAUGGACCUCCGUAUCAACAUGAACAUCCCUGCUAGUAAUCGAUCUUCCGCGUGCUGGAUGGAUCGCGCUGACUCGAUCGUCCAGGACAUCAAUGACAGACAUAGAGGACUGCAGGAGCAGCAGCACUUUAUUGGCCAACAAAGAGCAAGGAAGGGGAUGGGAAAGGGAAUUGUAGGAAGCGAGGAGGACUAUCAUCAAAUUUUGAAUUAUCAAGGACGUCGCAGUGCAUCUUCAUCUAGCUCUUUCACAGCAUCAAUACCAAAUAAACUCCCGCCUCCGCCACCUCCACCACGCACUGGUGCUUCAGGAGCAUGGUAUGGUGGGCCUAGUGAUAAUGGAGGACCUCGCGCUACUGCUCCAGGAGCAUGGUAUAGUGGGCCUAAUGAUAAGAUGCCGCCACAAGAAAGAGGAGCUUCAGGAAGAUGGUGUAGUGGGCCUAGUAAUAAUCGAGGAUACAACAACGAACAGAUGAGACAGAAUUCGAAGAUUCUGCCGUACGAGAACGAGGAGUGGUCAACAGAUUAUGGAUAUCUCUCCUGCACGCGUAUCCAGCAGAAGUUAUAUGAAGAAGAAGAAAAGCAUCAGCAACACGGUCACGGACGGGUAGAUAAAAAUCAAAAUCGCACUAGCAGAAACCGAGGAUCACAGAGGAGCAAGAUGCCUCAAGCUGAAUACCAACAUCACAGGCAACAACAUGAAGUAGUAGAAGAACAUCACCAACGAGAACGACACGGUGGUCAACAGCAGUACGAUCGAAACCACUGCUUUUUACGGCUCAAUACUUACGAUUCAUCGCUGCAAGUCAUUUCUCCUUAUACUUUCCUUGUCAGGAAGUAGAUUGCCACACGAAAUGUACGCAAGAAAUGAAACGUUUUGAGCUCUACUUUUUCAGAAUCUUCAUGAAGGUUGUCACGCCCGUGAUCGUGCAGUUACAUCUUUGGGAACGAUCUGGAGAACGCCUCCAGACUCAAAAAGUGUCAAAUCUAUUUCCGUGAAGCAUCAAGCAGUUUCAGACUCAGAUCGACAUCGGACUUGGUCGCGAUUAGAAACCAGAGCCAAACAAGGUGCACAGCAACAUUCUAGUGGUACGUCUCCCUUGCAACAGGAGAUGAAGAUGAUAAAAGCACAAGAUGUUGGUCAGAUUGGUCGUGAGCAAUGUAGACACGAUGUUGCAGGAAACUUUCGUGGUGAAGAUUGGGCUUCAUACAUGGAGCCGAGAUAUGACUCUACUUGUCAAAAUGGGCCAUCUUCUUCUUCAAUGCGUACUACAACACGAGGGCAGGGACCAGCACAGCGGCCACUAAAUCGCCGUCAGCGACAGGGAGCGCCCUUUUUUCCCGGAGUCUUUGUCGGUCAAGACUCGAUCGUUCGAUUUCAAGACGAUAAUGGGAUCGAUUUGAUGCCAAGAUUCGUACUACUACUAUUUGUCUCUACUUUUCUUUGAUAGAAUUGUUGUUACUGGGUGAAAUCCAAUACGAGUACUUUUCACCACCUCUCAGUACCUAACUCAUGUAAAAAAUUUCAAUGCCAUGUCAAUGUCAAUCUCAAUCUGCCAUGUCAUCGAUUUCUUGGUUUCUUUUUCAGUUUAACAUUCCGUGAUCCUACACAACAGGAAAACGAAGCUGCAGCUCGUCUGCCUGAAAUUUUUCAACGAAAACGACGUGGCAACAAGGGUCGAUGUCGAACCAAAAAUAGGAGGACAUUAGCGAGAUAUACUAGAAGGAAUCUCGUCUCUGAUGGUGUUGAUGGACACGAGCAAGAUGCGGUCGAAGAUGGAGAUGAACAUCAAGAAGAGAAGUUGCGCAGUGCUAAAGCAACCCGGCCACCCCGUGAUGGAGUUGAAGCUGCUUUUGUUGUCAAGAACAAGCACACGCUGAUGCACAUGUACGAACAAACAACGUCGGACACUGCGCCAGGAACCGACAGCGCAGCCACAUCAAUGUUGAACAAGGGAAGAAGCAGAAGGACGAGGAAUCUUCAAAAUGAUAGGCGUACUAGUAAUGCUGUUCCUGUUGAUGUUGCGACACAACAUCAGACCAAUCAUAACAAUCGAUCGGCUACUGUAGCGGCAUCAUCUUCUUCACGUUCUGACAUGUAUCACGAACAUCAAACGACUACUACCUGCUCUGCGUCUGGGAAGGAGCAGGAAAGAGCUUUGAUUUUUGGUGACCUUGUACCGACAUCGCCACAGGGCCUGUUGACGCUUACAGUCGAAAACGUGUGCUACUGGAAUGCGCCGUCUUCUGAGGUAGUACUUAUACACUCAGUGCAGCGUCUAUCUCUAUCUCUAUGUGUUAUUUAAUUUUCUUGGAUAUGGAUGGAAUCAGUAUCAGAAUGAACUUGAACAGGAAGGAUGUGCACGAGGAAGAAUCAACUGCUGCACAAGGAGGGGAAGCUCUGGGGCACUUGCUCGAGCAGCGCGAUAAGCUUCUGCGGGGAGGCAAGCUAGCACGCCAACCCCGCCGGCCCGGAUUCGAUGCUGGAAGAGCUCGUCGCCCCCCGUCCUUCAGUUGACCCAUCUGGCGAACACCGUCACCGGCAAACCCAUCCCGAGGGAGCUGAGGGCGAUAGUGGAGAAAGGCCCCGGCUGCUACUGCGACGGCUGUGAAGACAGAGACGGGCGAGCCCGCCGCGGGGAAGCUGGAAAUGGCGAAGCUUUUCAUAGGCUUGGCGCGCUUAUGUGGGCGGCUUGGGAUUUUUUAUGAUCAAAGGGCCGAACUGGCUCAAAAAGGAGGCGGGGGCCUGCUGAGUGGGAUGGGAUCUAUGCCGGCGAUGUCGGUGAGUGCUGGCGUGCGAGCACAGUUGACGAGCCUCGAGGGCAUGCGGCCUCUAGUAGGGACAUCGAGACGCCGAUCAUGACGCACCUACAUCAGGGCGGUGGCGUCUUCAUUAUUUGACGGCUUCGAGAUUAACACCAUAGAAGGGCCGAGAGCUUCAGCCGGGUGACCUCGGCAGCGUUGUCAGAAUGCAGCACGGUAGGCGGCGACGUGUCUGCCUCCUCGGCUUCGAGCUCGUCCUGCUCUACGUACUAGCGGAGCCGCCGGCCAGGGAGCAAGCAAGCAUGUCCACUCCAGCUAUGCGCGCUGGCUGGGGCAGUUUCUGACACUCGAGCGAGAGAAGCCGAGCGGCAACCAGGCGCAGGCCUUGGAAAAGGCAGGCGGCGCAGCGCUCUUGGGCUCGUCGGUCGCAAGCGCUGGCGUGACGAGGACCCAAUCGACGCAGCAGCCAAGUCGUUGCGAGGGGCGUGGCCUUCAGACUGCGGACUGCAUAGAGGAAGAGGACCCAGCCAGCCGCUUCGUGAGGUCGCUCAGCCGCGCCCAGGCGCAGCCAAGGGAUGGGCACAUCAUCAGGACAAUGCCACGGCGAUCAAAGUCCUCAAAAUGUCCUCAGAGGCCCCUCUCUACCUGGCCGAAAUGGGUCGCCUCCCAUCGCAGAACAUCAAGCGAGAAGAAUGCAACGAAUCCUGGGCGUUCCAUGAUCGGCAUCAAGCUCCCUAACGAGCUGGGACACGAACGCGCAGGCGAAGGCAUCCUGGAAGGCCCGCCCCCUCGUCACGAAUCUGAAAGGAGCAGCCACACAGCAGGCGUGCGACCAAAUGGCACCGCCUCGGGUGCGAUCUGCUUCUGCUCAAACUGCAGCGGCAGGCUUUUGCCACUCCUCACACCAAGGGGCAGGACUCCAGCGAGCCAGAGGACUCCGCUAGGAGUUCAGACAACUACGGCGUGGGCUCCACAAAAAAGAACGGGGUGACGACGAUGCAGGAGCAGAGUUCGGAAUCUCGCGGCUAACACAAGCACCGCCAUCGCAGUGCUUGGCCCUCGGUACACUCUGAAAGAACUGGCGAACGCAUCUGGGGCAGGGCCUGGGGCACGCAAAGGACUACGCACGGGCGCGCAGGACUGUCGUAGAGUCCAGCAGCCUUGAGCCUGCGGCCCAUCGACGCGAGCGGCGUGGCCUUCCCUACGUACGGGGCAGGCGCUUACGUGCCACUGCCGCCAGCUUUGGCCUGGCUUAUGCAUUGACCCGCCUGCGCCAACGAUAGGAAACCUGCGCCGCGCUGUGAGCUGCAAGGGAAGAGAGUGGACAACGCAAGCGACGCCGCCGCCCAUUGGUGUUGUUGUUUUUAUUGUUGGUGGAGCUGUCUGGCGUACUGGCUAAUGAGGGGGGGGAGCUUGCGGAGGAGGCUGGAGUGCUAAGAGAGGCUGCGCGCGGCUGGCAGGGAUGGACAUGGCGGGGGGCAGGGUGGUAGACGUGGCGCAAUCCAAUGAAAAGCGAGGCGCGCCAUCGAUCUCACGCAGGCAGGCUGCGCGGAGCUAGCGCCGGCCCGCUGUCGCUCCCUGCGGGUCGUGGCGCUGGCUUGACUUGUUUGAAGGAGGGCCGCCUUGGGGGCGGGCAGUUUCUCCGCUACGUUGAUGGGCCUCGCCGUGACUCCCGGGGGCCGGCUUGACUUCCGCGCCUAGAGAAAGAGUCCGGGCGGGAGUUUUUUUUUUGCGCGGCUGGCUUUUCUUUUGGCUGUUCAUAUAUCGCAGCGGCCAUCUCCGAUCGACAGGAGUGUGGCGCUUUUUCGCGUUGUUUCUUGAAAACCGGUCCUGGCGCUGCUUGCUACAUCAAGAGGGCACAGCGCAUGCAGUUUUUUUUUUAUUUAUUCUUCGGCGCGCUGUUCUUUGUCGUUGUCUGUGAGUGCUUGCUUGUGUGUGUUUUCUCUUGUUUGUGUUCUAGACCAACAAAGAACUGCAGCCGACUAUUUGCGCGGCUUCGUUAUUGUUUGUAGAGUUAGCUGAGUUUUUCUUGUCAGAGCAUCACGCCAACUACUUAUUUUACCAAAACUUUUACUACCACGCGCUCUCGUACUUUGUGCCGCUGUCUUGUUGUGGUUCAUUCUGGUUUCCCCAACUUGACGAGGCCAAGUGAAUACACAAGAUGAAGAUGAGCAAGUAUGUGCUUGCCUCGUCCAACAGAGACAGACUAAGACUUAGCAAUAACAUAUAAAAUAUAUUAACUUAAUUAUUGAUGGUUGAAUAAGGUAGAUAGAGGAAGAAGUAAGGACGUUCACAGUAGGACUUCUUGGUAGAAAACAGGUCGAGGAUCGAGAGCUCAAAUCGCCCCGGGUUGUGUUUGAAGAUCAUAGACAGAGUUGAAAGUUCAAAAAUCCGAAUUCACUGCGUCAAGUCGUUUAUCAACAGAAUUGAAGAGAAUGAAAUUGUUCAUAACGAAUGACGAAUAAGAGGCGUGAAACUGUGGAUCAGUAGGGACAUGAUACACAGAAGAAACCGGUUUGAAUGAUGGCAAUCCAAAGACUUUCUCUCAUCUCCAUCUCAAACCCAAACCUUAGUUUUUGACUUUGCAGCUACUAUUGACUUCCACCCCGGUGGUUUCGACUUCACAAGACCAAGAGGUCUUGAACUGACUUUCAUCUCCGCUACCUGUGUUCGAUACACUUUCAAUGGUAGCGGAGAGUGGUUGGUAUCAAUUAUCAGCUGACUUGUAUUUAGCUGGUUGAAUAAAAGAUCCACCUAAUUCCUAGAGAGCCCUUACUCUGACAUUUUUCGUUAUCAUUGAAUUGACUUACUUAUUUCAAAAACAUGACUGGACAUGCCGGCAGCCUUACCCAAGAUUAAAGGAACGGGCUUUGUGGACCACCGGCACCAACUCGAUUUGACGACAACCAGAGUAGUCUCGAUAAGACUGCCUACAAGCAUUUGGGACAAAGUUGACAUAUCUUUGAUCCAUUCUUCCUCAAGAAAAAGGAAGGACUUCAUCUUAGCCUCUUCUUUGAACGAACCAACAGUAGUUGCAAUCUCUUUUUACUCACAGUCCUCCCUAAUAAAGCAUCAAGUACAUCUGGAACUUCUAGAACUGCUGGACACUACGCUGACCUGGGGAGAACUGCAAGAAAUAGUAGCUCGCUUUCAUAACGGCUCAAAUCAGUACAGAAGACAGACAGCAGCCGCAAGCGUCCUAGACUUCUUCUUAUAUCACGACCUUCCUGAUUGUGCGAAAGCUGCUUCUGCCCUCUGCCCAAGCUGUGGAAAAGUAUUGGGGCAGAAUCUGUCGAAGUCGCAGAGAUAAAGCAGAGAAUCUUCCUGGUUCUGAAACACAACAGUUUUCCGUGAGGUGUGGAUAUGUCCAUGUUCAGUAGUCUGAAGACAGCUAGAGAAGCAGUAGAAGAGAAUCACCCCAGAGAACUCGCUAGAAUUGCCUCUUCAACUAUAAACCCUGCAGACCAGUUAACGAGCACCACCAGAGCAGUUUUGAACACACCUGAAAAAUUCUCGUGGUCACUAAGGCUGUUUGACUUGAAACUUGUUCAUCCUCUUCUAAAACAUCAUUCUGGUGACACUAACGAGGAGGAGGAAGAAGCUUCUGACAUCAAAAUUCACCGAGAUUCGAAACUCCUCAAUAUCUGCUGUCCGGUCGACCCCAAAGUUGUGGAUAGAAGAUUCAGGACAGAAGGGGACCUCAUAGAAUCAGAUAGACAUUUGUGUACGGUUAUCAGAGGAAGGGUUUCCCGUUUUAGUGACUGGGUAAACUAUUUUCUCCCCUCUGACGGCGGUGCGGUGGAGUUUUCUCAAGCAUUGCUGCUGGUGGACAGAACAUCUCACCCGGAGCGAUAUAGCGGAACCGAGGACAGAACGACGACAGGGGCGAGCUCCUUCUAAUAUCCUGUUCUACGACGAUACUCCGAACAUGCCGGAGCGUCACAAUCUUACUCCUCGUCCUGAUAAAGGCGAGUGUCCUACAGAUGCAGAGGUUGUCGACAAGGGACAAACUGAUGAUAUGGCGGUAGGUCUCGUGACUCUCAAUGCCGACGAAGGCUUGGAGGGGUCUACCGAUGGCAACUCUCUCUGCGGGGAGGUGACAGAAGGGGUGAAACCCGAGUCACCGCACUCUGUGGGGAGGGAAGCUGUAGUGGAUUGCGAGACCAACAACCUGAAGUUGGUUCCCUAUGUUGGCAAAAUGCCCUCUGGGACGGCAAGUGCUCUGGAAGUGGAAGAGCAUGCGGAUGGGGAUAGCUCUUUCAUCAUGAAAAUGGCGGAUAACAUCAUCCAGAAUGCUGUUUGUCUGACCGAUGAAGAGUACGUGGAGACGGAAUGGAGCUACACUAAAAAGGCCACUUCUAGCGUCACCCUAUUUGUCCAACCACAAGUGGAAACAACGCAAAGUACCGGCGUCCAGACCUCUCCUGCCAGGUCAUCCUUACCGGUCCAGAACCCAGAACAGGUUACAACUUCCUCUGCUUACGAACAACGGCAGCAGGAAAGCAAGCGUCGAAAGGAGUAUGAGGAGCGUGCAAGAGACCGCUCCGAGAAAGUGCUGUUCUCUCUCUGCGUUUUUGGUGAACUGGAUUCGGUGCAGGAGAUACGAAUCUUCAUUGAGUGCCACCAUCCAUUGAUGACAGCAGUUCGUCGAUACCAUAAUCUGGCAGUGAAACAUGUGCAGGAUUUAACUCGUCUUUCCCAGAGUGAUUUGUUUGCGCAAGCUGAAAAUGAUAAAUCGCUCAUCUACGAGGAGAUUCGCGAUCUGAAAGGCGCUCUGGAACAGAUGCAAAUCUCCGCUAGCAUGAUGCAAGAUAUAGUCCACGACUUGCGACACCGACUACAAAAAGAGGGAAGGAACAUCAACUACAACCUUACGCGCCAUGAACUCUGCAGAAUUCGAAUGAAUUUGCGUCUACCACAAACUUCUUCUCAAGAACUGUUCAAUGCGGCCUACACCGAGACAGAUAACUUCCGUUCAUCGACCAUGGCUUUCUGCGAGCUCAUUGGUUUUGGCGAGACAAAGCUUGCACUGCCAACAGGUAGUAUUACCGACGUCGUCAACUCUGAGGUGGUCCGAAAGCAGUACGGCUCUGUCCUGGAGUGGGUUGAGCAAUGCCAGGCAAGAAAGGUCUUUGGGAAACGGCUGCAGGCCGUCUCCAAGAACCUCCAUGCAAACUAUGAAGUCAUCUUUACCACAAAGGGGCUUCGUACGGUUAGGGCUUCAAGCCCCGAGAACAUGUAAGAAGAAGGAGAAAUGUUAGUCUCUCUGGCAGCAGAGUGUCAUAGGAGGAGACUGGAGAGGAGGAAAAACAAAUAAUAGUAAUUUGCUAGCAACUCUGAAGUACAAUCGAACUAAAAGAAACGUCCCUAUAUCACUAUCAACGAGAACUGCUCUCCCAAGUUCCUAGGCAUACCCUUUUGCAUCAAACAAAGACUACCUUACUAAUAGGAAUGCUAUUUAUAUGUCAAGAUCGUAUAAGUAUAUAGAUAUUUUCAGUAAUCUUUUCUGUUUGCUGUACCCUAACUUUUCAACCCCAAUAGAAACAAGACACUUUCUCACACAGCAAGCACAGUCUGUGACUUAGGAAAGUGCGAUCCACUACAAACAUUUAAACUAAAUAAUACCCAACAAAAGGAGAGACUUCCACCUAUGGCACGGUUUCAUAAAAAGUGUUCCGGAGGCGCGGGAUGCUCUUUUCCCCUCCAACUGAUACAGGGUUUCAAGAAAGUGUUGAAUAGAUGCAACAGUGUGACAGAGCAUCUUCAUCUACGACAGAAUCACAAAAUUCACAAAUUCCUAGAUCUAACAAAAUUUCAAUGCAAAGACUUCUAUGCCAUGCUGCUGCAAACACCUCUUGAAGAAGCAGAAGAACAAAUGUAUUGCGCAAUUCCUCCCGCUUAACAACUAAUAGGACAAAAUCUUACAGAUCCUCCUAGUACUAGUUUAACAGUAAACGACUUCACAUCCAGGAAAUAACAGGCACGAAAUAACUAAAUACAACUACUACUACAACAGCCAGUAGAAAAAUUCUGCAAUAAUUAUAACUUUUAAUAGUCAUCACCUCACCAACGAAGUACAGGACUAUAUUAGCUAAUACCGGUUAAAUACAACAGUAGUCGUGUCUUCUUUUUCAGUAGUUUGCACCUUACAACAAGCAACUGUCUUCCAAACACUCUUACCUCAAAAUGGGUGACUAUGAACUUAGCGUAUCACGCAGCUUAGCUACAAAACUAGGCUCCAAAAAGGCAAACAAGAUCAUACAAGCAGUCGAACUUAUAAACGAUCAAAUUUUUGAGAAUAAUGUGUUUGUGAAAAGGGUAGUACAAUUUCCGACCCUCGAUGGCUGGCAGACAACAGCUAGAUUUAUUCCAGUAAGAGGAGAGCGACUGCAACGACAAGUGGUAGGGACUACUGACCACUUCACCAAGAACGCGCUCUUCGGAAAAUCCAAAAACGCUAACGCGAAAAAGAAGCAAGUCCUUCGACUAGAAAAGCAGAAUCUCGAAGCUGAAGCUGGCCUGCUGAUCCUGAAUCAACAAAAGGAAGAAGGGCAAGAGGUGCUUAGAAAGCAAUAUCACGCUCUUUCCAGUUGCAAGAUCGAGCAGAAGAACCUGAUUGCAGCAAAGGAAUCGCUUGAAAAGCUGAAGGAAGCCAAGGCUAAACAACUUGCUCUUAUCAAAAUUUGGAACCAGAAAAAGGAAGCAAACAAGCUAUCUGCUUUCAAUCAAGACGCCCGGCCAAUUGCAUCUGAAGAAGCAACCAAAGUUCCUGCAGCUCCAAGUAAACUAGUCAUCAAAAAGAGAGUAGCUGGCCUCGUAACCACCCAUCAAACGAUAGCCAAAGUUGCUUCUUUCUCCAACACUCCUCUAACGACAUCGCUAUCGGCAUCUUCUUCUAAGGUGACUCCUCCCGUCGUACCAGCAUCACGACACGCUCACGAGAAAUCGUAUACUCAACAUAGUGGUCCCUCUCAACUAGACGUACAAGAAUCGCGAAAACGAGAAGGGAUUACGUCGGCCGAGACAAGACCUCCAAAAAGAAAGUUCCCUUAUAUACGAGUACUCUCUGACGACGAACUCUCCACCUCAUCCGACGUCAAACGAGAUAAAAAGGAAGGAGAAAACAAAAUCGUUCUGAAGAGAAAACCUACACGAUUCUUCAAUCCUGCAAACAUACUCUGAUUUACAAGAAGACUGUUGCAAGGUUGUUGUGUGGUGUUUUGAUGUUACAAAAUUGGGGAAAGCAACUGCUAGGUUGAAACUCUCCUAGAGUUCUCACUCAGCGGUGCUUCUUCUCUGAUACAGUCAUGUCAAAUCAACUGCCGCUUCCUUCACCUUCUUCCCCUGCGGCUCCACUUGCUUCACGUCAAGGUACUAAUGCUAUUCCGAUAGAAGAUCAACACUCUGCACUUGUAGAAACACUUCCUGUGUCUUCUGGAAAACGUCGUAAAAGCUUCGGUGGUAAGUCCAUAAUAGUGGACCCAGAGGCCCCUCAGCCACAACCUCGAAGAAGAACCUCUGCUCCCCCUUCAGUUUCUCAUAAGGAAUUUGCAGAGGUACAAGGCGCAAUACAUAAAACACUAAUAGGACUAAAAGCUACCAAUGCUGCAGGUGUGAAUCUAGAAGGUCAAGUUCUCGAUUUAGCUGCAAAGCAAUCUGUGAAUGCGCUAAAGAUUGAGGAAGCUAAAGCCGCGGAUCUGCAUAUAAAACAACAAACUACAGCAGUGACAGAAGAGCUUCUCAAGACCCAGCAGACCACCGAUUCAGCCAUUAAAGAGUUAGUGGCAAGGGCACAGUCUGACAGUGCAGAAAUCCAGAAGACCCAAGCAAUCACAAGUGCAGCAAUUCAAGAAUUGACCGCUAAGGCUACUACGGACGCGAGUCAUCUUGCCUCAGUAACCGCACAAAUUGAGCAAAUCCAAUUUCAACAAGUACAACGCGAAAGUCUUAUCUCAGAACAACUUGCCUCUUUCCAAGCAAAGCUUGAAGAAGUCUUCGCUGGUUCCAGAACUGCUCAAAACGACAAAAUGCCACCUGGACAGAAUUCCGGUGGCCCUGCAUUCUCUCCCGACCCAUCGUCUUCUUCACACAUCUCUUCGCUAAAUUCCAAUACCGGCGAAGAGAACAACAGAGGCACCAGUCGCUAUCAAAAGGAGGUUAAUACAGAUAAGAACUGGCGCAAUAACCAUGGCAAAGAGAUACGCGGUAGAUCUACCCACGAGAAAUACGUUACAGGGUCUCCGAAGAAAGAUCCUGUCUCUGAAAAAGCCGAAUUGCAACGUCGACUUCAGCAACUUGAGGAAGCAGAACAGCGCUCUUCUUCUUCCUCUUCUUUUCUUCCGGGGGGAAAGGGUGGCCAGCGGUAUAACCACUACCACACAGUCGACGGACUACAGCACGAAGAUGCACAGGGCAAUUCGGGACAAAAAGGCUCUGGUGGAUUCAACUUUGGUGGUAGACCUUCACCAAGGUCUCAAUCCUACCAACACCAGCAACGGACAUUCUACGAUAAUAACCGUAGAUAUUCGGGAAGAAGGAGCUACAGCACCCACCAUACUGGUGGAAGGGGAUACGACUACCGGCAAAGUAAUCAGAAGGGACAGAACUAUUCCAAUCACUAUGACGAUGGAGACUGGUAUGGAGAGGAACAGUGGGGAAAUGAAGAACAGAACGAUGACGAGGAGGAGGAUGACGACCACUACCAAAAAGGGUUUGGGAAGUCACGCUAUCCAAACUGGGGACCCGAUGCUAAAGAGAAAGAAAGGCAAGAGCAGAGAAAGAGGCGCCGAGAGUGGGUGACCACGUCAACCACACCACAGGACUUCGAGUUUGCUGCUGAGAAUCUGAUGAUAGACAUCUCGCCGGUGGUGGGAAUUUAUUUCGAAAGUGACCAAAUCUGGAAGGAAGUGUACUACGUCCCGGAGCUUGACCUUGGUGAGCAAAACAUGAAACCGAUAGAAUACGUUGGGCUCCUUCCUGCGGAUGCGGAGAUGAUGGACGAACUGAUCAACGAGAUACAAUCAUUUGUGGCUUCCGAUGUUAAGAAUCCACAUCUACUGGUUGGCACACAUACCGAGAGAAAGCAAGUGAAAGCUUUCUUAAAAGCUCUGAAGAGUGCUGGAAAGAAGGAAGAAGCUACUCUUAGAGCUCUGGAAGCACGCGCGAUCACCAUAGCAGAUGGACAGAGCUACACGUGGUCGAACGUUAUCGGGAGCCUAGCAGUUCUGUGGCCAGGAAAGUCAAUGUCCUAUCUGAAGUACAUUGAUGACUGGGAGGACUAUAAGGCCAGCGAAGGAUCGUGUCUCAACACAGAACUGGACAAGUUGCAGAAAGCUGCUAACUUGGCCAAUAGAGGCCACGAACUGAAACCAGACGAGACCGACGAGAAGGCAUGCUCGUUCUCCUGGAGAGUGAUCCAAAGAAGGAUUGGGAUUCCAGAGGUAAUUCGCCGUAGAGCUCUGGAGUUGAACCCAACUCCAAUCAGAGGUCGCAGAAACGCAGUGCCGGUGUUCCGUUUCCUGCAGCAGGCGGUUGCGGACAUCGUCAACGAGAAAACAGUGAUGCUUCCAGCUCGCAAAGGACUAGAACGACCCAAAGCGCCCACUUCGAUUUACACGCUCGGAAUCGAAGAUGAUGCGGCUCUGCUCACGGCCCUAACUCAAGGACUGAGCGAUGUCGCAGUGAAUAGGAUUCAAAGCAACUGGUACAACUACAAUCCCUCAAACAACCUUCCAAAGAGAGCACUCAGCGCAGGUCAGAGCAAGGGUGGCAAAGGACAAUCAGACACUGGUGGGGGAGGAAGUAAUCUCUCUAAAAUUGUCAGGAAGUACGAAGAGGUGGUGGAAUCACGACUGCAAUGUUUUGGAUGUGGAUCCCGGGGCUUCCACCCUAAAACAUCCUGCCCGUAUGGCCCAGGUGACGUCUGCGAGAUAUGCAAGAGUCCCGAUCACAACAUGAGCAGUUGCAAAAGAGAUAACAUAGGACUUUUCAUGUCUCUGGCGAAGAUAGCAGCACGAGACCAAAAUUCCAACCGGCGAUAUCAUCUACACGUCACGGUGCGAGAUGAGAAAGUUAAGGUAUUCUCGCUGGGUGGUGACAAAAGAAUCUCGGAAUUUGCAAAAGUCAUCGGGAACAAACUACCACAAAAGUCAUCCCACUUCAACAGUCAAAACAACAGCAAGAAAGUUCUUCCCUAUCAGAACAAGCCGAACAUCAAGCUGGACUCAUACCAAAUGGAGGUCGAAAGGGAGUGGGAAGGAUUUGGUGAUCUGGGAGUUGAAAUCAAUGAAAAUGAAGUUGAAGAAGAGCACUUCUGUGACGAUGAAGAGGUGGACACGAGUCCCCUGGAGGAUGACUAUGCAUCAGGUAAUGGGCAGGUGGACACGCUGCGAGUGAGUAUUGAACCACGAACGUUGUGGACAGACAACCUCGGUGCUCCAGUUGAUGUUUUCUCCUCCAAACAACUAGACUCCUCACCGCAGAAGACUGAAGCACGCCUCAGGGAGACUGCCCUACACCAAAAGAGCUCUUUCAUGCUAACGAAUGAGGAACUUCAAGAAGAAGCCCAUUUCAAUGACACCGGUAUCGCUAUUGCGGAGCUUGAAGGCAUGGACCUCAGAAGCACACAAGGUGCUCUCGCCCUGGACCAGGUACUUGAAGCAUGCUUCUACGAAGAGGUAACAAUUGAUGGGAGCCUGGGGGAUUUGCUAAAGGUGCUGCAGAAGGCAACGGCGAAAUUCGAAGAAAGUAAUCGGCACGUGGCGGGGAUCAUCGCUCUCCAGAAUAGCACCUGUGUUUGGGCAGAGAGAUAUGAUCCACUACUAGGACUCACGGACUCGUUGGACUGCCUCGAAGAUCUGAUGGAGGAGUCCAAAAAGAAAAAGACGGUGGUAGUAGUGUUCGCUGUGUCCGGGUCCAACGACAAAGCUCCAGGCUUCGCAAAGACAGAAGGAGUCUUGGCAGACAUCCAACUACAUGUAGAACUCCCAACAGACACUGCAGUGGGGGUCAAUCCCGCCAUAGUGUGUGAACAGGACAUCUUCUCAAUGCAAGAAAAUGUGGCAAGCCGACGUGGGCUAGCUGAUAGUGGAUUCAACAGAUACGUCUACGAAUCCCAUUUCGUGGUAGAGGCUAUCCAUGCUCGCCUCCUCAGCUUUGGCAUUGACUGUGGGGCCAUUGAAAAUAUCAGAGGCUCUGCGUCAAAUGCUGGAGUCCUACCAGCGGACUUGAGACAGAGAGCACGGGUGCCCAUCAUCCUGGGCCCGCGACCAGCGGUGGUAGAAGUCCUAUGUCCUGCCCACAACACCGAUUUGCUGAUUGGCAAGAUGUUCAACUCGACACUUAAUGUGGCGACUCGAGAGUCUCCAGAUGGACACUGGCUAGGAUGCGACCAUCCUGAUUUCCGAUGGUACUACAGCUAUCCGGUUGGAGAUCGUCGUGACAAGUACAUUGUGGCCCCGUACUCGUACUUAAACGAUGAAUCGGGGCUAAAAGAGUGGAGCAAUAUGAUCAAGUCGGGAAUGGGACUCGAAGAAAGCUUCCUGCAUGUUUUUGGAUCCAAAAGGAAAGAGUGCGACCCAGAACAACACCCUGACGAGUUAGUAAGAACUGUUCUGCUGCAAUCCGUCGAGAGGGACCUAGUCAUACCAGUAGAACCAGACUCAAAUGGAAUAUCAGCAGGGACAGUCAACGCAGUCGCUAGACCAACACUUCCAUUAGACGUUCUCCACCCUGGCCGUGUUGUAGGAGGAGAACUACAGUCCCGAGAGGAAACUCCUCUUCUUCGAGAAAGCGAGGCACCACUUCCUCCGAAUCAUAACAAAGCCGAUCAGCUAUGGUUAAUCAGACGCUUUGAGUACGAUUGUACUACUCUUCCAUCUCCUCCAAUCUCUACGGCAGCUAGGUGCGGAAGGAGAAUAGUCCGACGGAUGGAAAAAGUGACAGAGGAAAUAGCAGAUGACAAGCGUUUUUGGAGUUUGAGUCCGGCUUUGCGGAGUGCUGCCUUGUUAGAACCCACCAACAUCAUCGUCGAUUUCUACUUUUGGAGCUCGAGAGAGGAGAACGCAGGAGGAACUUCUAUCCACGAAGCUCACUUUCGGGGCUACUGUGGGGUGCCCGUUCACUCCCAUUUUCACCAUCGAGGACAACAGAAGAAGGGAAUACGACAAGUACUAACCCAGAUGAGGAUACCAGUGCACCUACGAAACUACUGCCUGUUCAGUGCCGCUACAGAUGAAGACGUACACAAAUUUGUCGAAGACGAAGCAGAAGUUAUAGAUGUAAACAAUUGUGCCGAUCUGAAAACCAUCAUACAGCAGUACGCUAGAAAAGAAACGCCAGGUACCCUUGGGCCAUCCGGUCUAUCGGAAGAAAUGGUAGCUGCAGUUUCAGACUCGCAGACUGUAUGGAAGGUUGGGCAACUGCUGCAACAAGAUAAGAAGGUCCUCGUCACUGACAGUGACGGACUCACGGUUGCAGUGGCGGUAUGUGAAGCUGUAGCAAAUAAAUACAGGUUGGCAAAGAAACAACGACCAGCGCAUUUAUCCUUCUCUGGACACCUUCUGCGAGAAGACCUCACUGUUGACAUACAAGGAAAGCUGGUCAAACUAGACAUCGCCACUAGUGAACAAGCGGCUAUCGACUCCCUCAAUCAGAAUUUCGUUGGGUCACCCUCCACUCUGCUUUCCGAACGCGAAAAACGCAUCUGGUUAUAUCUCCGAGGAUGGUGGCUACAAGAAGGUAGACCACCAGAAAGAAGAAUACGAGAAGAAGCAGCCAAAGAAUUCCACAACUGUGACGAGGACGAGCUCUCCCGAGCCAUCGAGACACUGGUACGCGAGGCGGCUUUCAGGUUUCGAUACAAGCGUGGGCAGCGUCGACGGGCAACAGGAAGUUUCUGCGGUUUGGACUUGCAUGCAGCCACCAUCGCAGACACCUGGUUCCUCACCAAACACGGAGGAGUUCCCUUGGCUAUUAUGGCAGUCUCAAAAGUCUUUGGUCCCGAACAAGCAGGACUGGUGCUUGGACCCAAAUACAAACCUAAAGAGCGGCAAGGAGUAAAACAGACAGCGCCAGUGCUGGAAAAGAAGCGGGGGCGAAAGCCUUUUACUGCUGAAACAGCCAAAGAUCCCCUACUGGUAGAGACAGAACAACAACAGGAAGGCCUUCUUCUCUCUCUCAAGAAGACCGAAAAGCUACUGCAAAGCGAAAAUGAUUCGCCAUCAUCAGACAUCGAGCUUACUUCAGAUGAGGAACAAGAUGACCACGAUAGACCAUCCACCAGUGGUGCUCGGGGCACCAUAGGAGUUACUGAUGACGUCCCUGCAGACUGCAGAACCGCUCACCCUACCGGCCUGGAUACUGUCAGAACUCUAAUACAUGCCCGCAGAUGUGGAAUCAUGAUGCUGUUCAACAUCUCAGAUCCUGGAAAGGAAAACACAAAUAUUGUGGCAGUAGUCGGGGCACGGCGACUCGGAGUAGAUCUUUUUGCCACAUCUGCAGGAAACGAGACUGGAAUAGCAAAACAAGAGUACAAACACUGCAUUGCAAGAAGUUUCUAUGAAGAAAUCGAUGAGGACAUCAUCUUUGGAAGGUUACCAGAACAAGAAAAGAUCAACCUGAUAUACGAUUUUAUGUCAUCCUCGCCAAUGAUUGGCUCACAGUACAUGAGAGCAGACAACGUUCCAGUACAACGAGGAUACAUGCGUGCCUGUGUCUCUCCUCUUGACCCAGGCAUCUGCUUCGACACAACAGCGCUAGCGCAGUCGGCUGCAGUUCUUCCAGGACAUGUCUACAAGUUCCAAGCAAAAUGCCUGAACAGGUGCUCGACCCAAUACUUUGGAUACCUUCUAGAUAGACUGCGCUCUUCAACACUCAUCAGAGCGCAACUAACUGACCCAGAAUACGAGGUAGGUGAUAGGGUGGAGAUAAUUGGCAAGCAAAACAAAUGGGAACCAGCCAUCAUUAGAGGUCUCAAGGUUGGCCUCUUUGGAAACAGAGUGCUUGUCUCAACGACAACGGGUGGUGCGGUCAAAACAAAGCAGAAAAACCUAAUAAGAAGGACUAGGGACGAUUGCUCUCUCAUCGAUCUUCCAGAACUAACGCAAAUUACGGUCCACAAUGUCGACGCCCUUGCAAAGAAGCAAAGACUACGACUCAAAGGCGAAAAGGAUCUGCCGCCGAAAAGAGUUACCAUUGCACCAAUUUCAUCUGGCUCUGGUAAGGCAAUCUGUGGCAAGUGCUGCAAGUUUCGACUGCUGGGAGAACAAGCAGCAAAGCAAAACCUGCAUCUGCACUUUGGACGACGAGCAGCAGCAGCCUUCCGCUGCAACAUGCUAGGAGUAGAGUGCGAAGAGAUCUGUGAUAUGCAGGCACGGGGAUAUGGACUCCUUGUUGCUCCUCGUGCAUGGCAAACUGACAAAGUACCAACUCGUUUGCUGGACAAAAUAGUUCCUGAUUUCCAAGGUGUUCACCUCAUCCGUGAUGGAGUUCCGCUCACGACGAAAGGACCACUGCAAGAUCUCCUACACACGUACCUCACAGGUGAUACCAUCAGGAAAUUAAAAACUCAGUACAACUUCUGCUCUAUCAAAAUCGUUGCGUUCCAUAAUAAAACGUCCAAGCAGCACAAAGAAUGCCUAGCAGCAAAAGCUGAUGCCAGAGUGCUCAUUCUACUCGAUGAGCGUGACAAAGACAACGGUAAAAUUCUCGAAGCCGUACAAAUCGACCGACUUCAAGAACAAAUUGUCAGAACCUUUUCCAAGACUACUACGUUUGCCGAGAUUCUUCUUUUUAAAAAUACGAACAAGAGCCACUCCUUGAAAAACAACGGGUGGGACAAUUUUGCCGACUUCCUGAAAUCCUGGCAAACCUCUAUCUUUCCGGAUCUGUUUGCUCCUCAAGAUGACACCGAGCUGCUACACCUCACGGCAGGCGAGCCCCUAAGCUCCUCUUGUACAGUACGCAUGGCGGAUAUCUACGACUGCAACCAAGACGCACAAGAAAUUCCAGAAGUUGUUGCUAACUCCAUCCGAACCGACCAGAACGAGAAUGCUGCAGUAGACCAUCUAAAAAUUGACGAUCUUCCACUGGCAUACAAAAUAGUAAGCGAACGUGCUGCGAUCUCUGUCCAUGAACCACAAUUCAAGGAAUUGAACAACGCGCUUGCUCAUGCACAAUUUUCCAAUCUUCUCAAGGAAGUAAUCAUCCAGAAAACCUUCCGAACGGUGCGUCACUCUCCAGUCAUGCAGGACGGUUGUAACAAGUAUCUCCUCUUCCGGGGGAAAGGGAGCAUGACUGGUAGCGUUGAAGAAGAGAAAGUGGUAGAAGGAUAUGGGAAACCGCUACUGGAGGCAGAAGGUGUGAUGAUCUACGAAGUAAGGGAACUGCAGGCGAAACUUGAGACGGAUCAUGUCUUGGUCUUACGUUUCAGACCGGUGGUCGACCUAUCACUAGAGUCACAACAUGACGGCACUUUCCUACUGUCGAGGCUGCCCCCAGACGUGAGAAAGAGGUUUGAGAGCUGCGAGAAGGUCACCGAUGUGGACGAAUCUUUCCUAAUACGAUGUGGACUGGAAAAGGCAAUGGAAGCGGCGCUGAGGAAAGAGCUAGAUGGACUGUUCAAGACUGUUCAACGAACUGGGAAAACAGUGGCAAAAAUCUAUGAAGAAGGAGACGAAUUUGACCAGAAAUUGAAUCAACUCAGAACAAGAGGCAUCUGGGACAUCAAAAGGAGUUCCAAGAAUCUGGGCAAGGUUGCUUUCAGGUUGGUCUGUGAUGGAUCUUCCAUCAAAUUAGCACAAGGAGCUGACACAUCGGCUGCAGUUGUCUCACAGGGUGACAUCCGGGUGGCUGCCAGUUCGGCAGGAAUCUUCUGCAAGCCAGUUGCAAUUAUGGUUGAUGCCCCUAGGGCGUUUAACCAGUCCGACGAACAUGCACCCUCAGCUCGCAGAAGGUUUAGAUUCCCCAUGAAUUUGCGAGCAGAAUUCACCUUCACAGUAGCAGCGGAAUUUCAGUUCUACCCGACCUCCACUGGUCUAUUCUCACUAUUCCACUACGGCGACGCAUGUGGCUCACUAGGCUUCUACAGGACAGUGGAAGCAGCCCUUAAGGCCAGAGGAUACACUUCGUCUAGCCUUGCGCCGGCAAUUUUCUUCCUGCAAGGAGGUACCCAGAAAGCCAGCUCUCACCUAGCAGAAUGUCACAAGGAUGGAAACUUGGAACUGCAGAAGGCCUGCAACAGUUGGUAUCGGGAAAACUUGCCAGAGGACCGGAAAAACGAAUCGGUGGACUUUAAGGUCCAACAGGUUGUACCAGUCAAGAAUAAGCCAUACGCGAUAGUACCCACUACAGUAGAUGACUUUAUCAUUCUGGCUGAACUAGAACACGCUGGAGCAGUGGUUGGAUCGUUACUGAAACGCUUUGGAAUAGAGUCUUACAACAUUGGAGAGGGAAUCUAUGCAGGAAAGAAGAUCAAGCACAUACUACAAAAGAGCUGUUUUGAGUUCUCGGUAGCCCACAAAUUUGCGGAAGGGCUUCGUAAUCUCAAGGUGGCAGGACUCAACUCAGACGACAAGCUCACACCGGAACAAAUCACUAACAUCCUUGGUGUCCGGGGUGAGUUAGGCUUCACAGUCAAUGCGUGCAAACCAGACCUACUGUUCGCAUUCAGGGAGAUCAGUCAAGGAUCCCUGGUAACGGCAACCCAAGAGCAUGUUAAGUUCGUGAAGGCUGCGGUAGAUAGAGCUAGAACUCAAAAGGAUGUUGUGCUCUGCGUCUUCUACGACACUAAGGGAUGGGCAGUGGUGGUGAUCACUGAUGCAUCCUUCCAAGGAGCUGUAGGCCCGAGGACGGUCACGGAUCCGGCUAUCCUGCAAGAGAUGAAGGAUGUCAUUCAGAUGGAAAACAUGAAUGAAGAGGAGAAGGAGAACAAGCUGGUGGAGCUAAGUAGGCAAAGACAGACCAAGCUCAUGCCAUUGAUUGCAUGCCUAGUACUUCUGGUGGAUGUUGACCAGCCACUUCCAGAGGGCUACAGGGCAACAAUCAUCGACUGGCAACUCCAACAAUCAGCAGCGGUGUGCUCUUCUAGCUUUAGUGCGGAAGCAGAAAGUGGAGCGCAGCACAUUCCAGUGGGAACGUUUCGCCGAGAAGUCUUUGCACAUCUAGGACAAUAUCGCAGAAUGGCAUGGGGAUCAGAUAAUGAUGGCUUAAUCAAAAGAAUCAAUAAGAGGUCUUCAAUUGAGCCUUCAAGGGAUUUUAAGAACAUAUGUCUGAUCAAGCAGGACAAGGAGAAGGAAGAUCUAGGUCUUGGCUUUAUUACAGACGUAGCCAACCCCUGUGACACGGCCACCAAGCGGAUUCCUUUUGACAGCGAUAAACACCAAGCCCUUAUAACGCUGAUGCAGGACGGAAUUUGGAGAACGAAGUUCAAGGGUGACAAGAAGAGCAAGAGUGCAGAGGGAGUCAAAUUCUACUGGCGAGAGUACGAAUGGGAGAAGGACAACUAGGUUUAACUGCAUGCCUUGUGAAAAGGAAGUGGAAUCCCUAGGGGUCGUCUUCUGUAGUCCUCCUGCCAGCGGGAGUGGGCCCAAGCGUAGCGUUAAGCGUGACUGAAGGGAGGAACAAAGACAAAAGAGAAGACCAGGCAUUUGGCAGGAAUAGUUUUUGAAGCAACCGUAGUAACGACCCCAAGUAGAACGAUACUAGUAAAACCUCACACAAAUAACACUGCUUCUUUGGAAGAACUUACAGAAAAUACUACUUUCAUGCAACUCCCAAUAGUAGGUUUUAACUUUCUUUGUUUCAUGUUGACACCACAAUCAUUUUCACAGCCUUUGAUUACUUACAGAACUAGUACAAUUUGACCUUUGAGGCUUAGACGGUACGGAAGCUUUUAGAGACAUAAAGGAAUGAUGUUACAUGUCAGAAGUAGUCACCUGUUUUUCUUGAUAGUUGAAGCAUUAUGAACUUACCUAUACUUCUAACUACUUCAAACGCCCCGGGGUAUUGAUGGUUGAAUAAGGUAGAUAGAGGAAGAAGUAAGGACGUUCACAGUAGGACUUCUUGGUAGAAAACAGGUCGAGGAUCGAGAGCUCAAAUCGCCCCGGGUUGUGUUUGAAGAUCAUAGACAGAGUUGAAAGUUCAAAAAUCCGAAUUCACUGCGUCAAGUCGUUUAUCAACAGAAUUGAAGAGAAUGAAAUUGUUCAUAACGAAUGACGAAUAAGAGGCGUGAAACUGUGGAUCAGUAGGGACAUGAUACACAGAAGAAACCGGUUUGAAUGAUGGCAAUCCAAAGACUUUCUCUCAUCUCCAUCUCAAACCCAAACCUUAGUUUUUGACUUUGCAGCUACUAUUGACUUCCACCCCGGUGGUUUCGACUUCACAAGACCAAGAGGUCUUGAACUGACUUUCAUCUCCGCUACCUGUGUUCGAUACACUUUCAUUAUCCUUUCAGGAACAAUCCUCGUCGCAGGAUCGGCUAUACAUCAAGUAUAUCAAGGGCGAAAUGCGUGUGCGGACGAAGAGUCAAAAGCACCGCGAAUGGCUUGAGUGGACCUUUUUAUUGACGUUUGAUGAAAAAACAAGUGGAGCAUCCACGGCUUCCAGUAGGACAGAUUGCCACUUACUAGGAGAUAAGUCCGAGGUGCAGGACCACACUUUGGGACGAAAACAAGUAGCUCAAGCUGAGGAUGACUCCCUCCUACAAAAAUUCACGAUGGAGCUAUGGCGAGAUAACUCUUCGCGCAGAGCUGCACGCGAUCCUCAUACUGGCGAAGUGUCGGUGAUGAAAGACGAAUUACUUGGCACCAGUGAUCCAGUGGAUAUUCGUGAGACGCUUCAUGGUCGAAUCGCGAGGAUGACUCUGCCCUUAACAUUACGCUGAAGCAUGUCUCCUGAGUAUGCCAUAUUUAUUAUUGGUAUUCAUUAUCUUUUAUGAUAUAGUAUUGUUUGUCACUAUCACUCCAUUAUGUAUGAUCCAUGGCAUUGUUAAGAUACAUAUCCUUACUUUAUCUAGAAAAUUGUUUUUGCUGUGCAUAAGGUUAAGGAGGUAUCAUCAUGAUCUACUUGAAAAAGAAGCCCCCGCCAUGGAUAUGACUCUCGAGGAAGAUGCGACCGUGGGAGCUCUAAUAGCGGCGCCAAAAGAGCCGGUCUUUGCACCUGGAUGUAUCGAUAAACGCAAGAACAAAAGCGGCGGGCGUCGUGGCAGUAGACAGUCGAGUGCUAGUAAAAAUGAUGGUGCUUCCGUAGUUACUAAAGCAAAAACCGGUAGUGCAUCAAUUAGUAGUGGUAGUACCGCUGAUUCUAAUGGUAGUAGUACAGCAUUCGGCCCUUUUUCUGAUGCGUCCGUUCCGACUACUACGAGCGGUGAGGCGGCAGAUUCAGCAAGCGUAUUAGGGCUGAACAAGAGUAUCAGCACGAGCAACUCAACAGCCUACGCAGAGCAGCAAACUACUGCUGAAGAAUCCAACGGUCUUGACGCUUCGGCAGGCGGCGGCGGCGCUGCGUUAGCUGAGUGUCGAGAGAGAACAGCGGAGGUAACUACAUCUACUUCUACAACUUCUGGUGUAGCAAACUCUUCAACGAAUACCAAAGCGAAUGACUCAUCAAACACCAGUGCUUCCCUUUCCGAGCCAGCACAACCACCACAACAAAUUGGUACAGUAUCAAUCAAAAUGAGCAGCAGGCCAUCGAUGGUAAUGAGUUGAAUUCGAAUCUUCAUUCAUCACUUUCACUAGGCUCAAAUUAUGUACUAAUGUCGUUAGUAGAUUUUCUUAUCUUUUAUAAUCAAUAUAGUAAAUUGGUAUUCAUUAUCUUUUAUGAUAUAGUAUUGUUUGUCACUAUCAGUCGUCACAGUCGUAGUUGUUUCAAAUUCGAAUCCAGUCUUGUCUUGUUACUUUUUCUUAGCUUAAUUUAUCUUGUUUCUUGCUUUUGUACAACUACUAGGAGCCUCCAACGCCAACCGCGAGAUAGAUAUUUAUCAUAUUUAUUUAUUACUUUUCCAGCGACAGCGUGAUUAGUAUUAUUUCUUCUUCGUAGUCGGACCAUAGAGAUCAGUCUACGCAUGGUUGGACACAUCUGACUAUCUUGGACAAAUUGUACCAGGCGCCAACAGAUAAUAACUACAUUUAAUUUUGCGCAUGCGUUCAAUCAGUUGAAGACAUGAAGAUGACCGAACAAGUAAGUAGUUCCAUUUUUGUUUUUCAAUGCCUAAUCGUAAUCCUAGUUCUAGAAGUUGUAUCUAAAUCUAGAUGAAAUUAAAUUUGACCAAGAGCGGUCGCAGAGUUGCGGAUGACAGCCCGAUCGAUAUCGCAGCGGACAAGCCUGCCAGAAGUAUGCUACACUAGGUGGAACAAGAAGAGCAAGAUGUUUUAUGAAUACUUGAUGGCCUUUUCGUUUCAUUUAAUUAGAAUUUUUACAAGGAGUAGGAGUACUUCUCAGAUUUAGAUGUAGAACAAAAUGCAGAUUUCUUUCAGAAAGAAUCCCUUGCGUGGACACCACGUAGCAAAAUCGUAGUAACAUGAUUAUCAUGUAGUUUAAUAUGGUUAACGUCAACAAUAUGGUGCUCUACUCAACAUGCUCAAAUACCAUAGUAAUAGUUUGAUCGUUACCAUGACCAGCAACAGCACCAAGUCAUUUGAUUAUCGCGACCUACUAUUUUCCAUGUUAGUGAUGUCUGGGCAUGUUUAAGUUUAGGAAACAGAAAAACUGCAAUCUGAAUCGCAUCCCCAUUACGUCGCAUGUUGUUUCUUGUGCUUAGUCAUAUUUGUUUCCCGCUAAUAAAAUGUUUAUCCGAUGUCCAGGUCCACCUCUCGGUUUCUUUUCACGUACACUUCACCCAUUCUUUCUGACAACUAGAACUAGAUGAAUUACAUUAGAGUAUAAAUCUAUCAGGACUCUUGGGCGGGCUCUAUUGUCCUUGGGUGUCUUUAGCACGAAUCCUUCCACGACUUUUAUGAUGUAGCCCUGGAUUGACGAUAUUGCGCGCCUCUCUUUGGUAUAAUUCUUCUGAUCAGUUGUAAGCUGGCUCAGCCUAGCAGUUCGUGGACUGUAU